GGGGUGUGGGUGAGUGCUACCCUCUCCACAUUUAGUUCUUCUGAGACCCAGGCUUGGAAGCAAGAAUACGGAGUUUAUCAACUGUACACCAGCCAAUGAACAUGUUUGAAUGAAUAACUGCGGAAUACAAUAUAACAGUAUACACAGGGUUUCGAAACGCUGUGAGGAUGGGAAAGAGUCCUUUUCUUUUGGGUGCUGUCUUCAUAGCAUCUUGUUUUCUCCUCAGUGCAUCACAAAAAACAGUAUGCACACAGGAGGCUGUGGCUGAUAUUGUCUUCCUGGUUGAUGGUUCCUGGAGUAUUGGAUCUGAGAACUUCCAGCGUAUCCGGGAUUUCCUCCACACUUUGGUAGACAGCUUCGAUGUCGCUCCUGAUCAUGUUCGCAUUGGCCUGGCGCAAUACAGCAACAAUCCCCGCACUGAGUUUAACCUCAACACCUAUCAGGACAAACAAGAGAUUCUCGACUACAUUGACAAGCUGCCAUACCUGGGUGGAGGCACAAUGACUGGCAAGGGACUGGACUUCAUCUUGAAGGAGCAAUUUGUGGAAAGAGCAGGAAGCCGUGCCGGAGAAAAUGUGCCCCAGAUUGCUGUUGUCAUCACAGAUGGUCAGUCGCAGGACACCGUUGAGCCACACGCCAAGAGCCUGAAGAAUCAGGGGAUCACCAUGUACGCCAUCGGCAUCAAAGAUGCGGAUGAAGAGCAGCUGAGGGAGAUGGCCAGUGAGCCUCAUGACCAGCAUGUGUACAGCGUCUCUGACUUCAGUGCUCUCCAGGGCAUCUCUCAGAACAUCGUCCAGGAGCUGUGUACCACCGUGGAGGAGGCCAAACGGCAGAUCACCCAAAUUCCUCAAGGUUGUCAACAGGCAACCAUUGCGGACGUUGUGUUCCUUGUGGAUGGCUCAAGUAGCAUUGGUGAUGAUAGCUUUAAUCAGAUGAAGCAGUUCCUUCAUUCAUUUGUGAGUGGACUGACUGUAGCCAAAGACAAGGUGCGUGUAGGCCUAGCACAGUUCACUGAUGAAACCUACCAGGAGUUCCUGCUAAAGGAUCAUGACAAUGACAAAGAUGUCCUCAAAGAAAUUACCCAACUCCGGUAUCGUCAAGGAGGAACUUAUUUAGGGAAGGGCCUCACCUUCCUUCAGACGACCUAUUUCACUCCAGAGGGGGGCAGCCGAGAUAAUGUUCCUAAAAUUGCCAUCGUGAUCACAGACGGCAGCUCCUCAGAUGACGUGGCAGGGCCAGCCCUGGAGCUGCGGAGACAAGGGGUUGUCAUCUACACCAUAGGUGUCGGCGACUAUGAUGCCACGCAGCUGCGAUCUGUCGCCAACAGCCCUAGCAAGCGUUUUUUGGUCAGCAUCAACAACUACCAGGAGCUGCAGACUGUAAUGGACAGCAUGCUGAAAACAGUUUGCACCUCUGUGGAGAUCCAAACAGAGGGUCUGGCAACAAGAUAUGCUGAUAUUGUCUUCCUUGUGGACGCUUCGGCCCAGUCACAGAUUCAGGCCAUAAGAAACAUUCUUUUUAGACUUGUCAACCAACUCAACAUAAACACUGAUGGCAAUCGCAUGGGCUUGGCUCAGUUUGGCGAUACUGUUAAAGUGGAAUUUCAGCUGAACCAGUACAGCGCGAAAUCUGAUGUUGGGGAACAUGUGAAACGAUUGAGAUUGGCAGGAAGUCGGACGCGUAACACUGGAGAGGCAAUAACAUAUGCCCGCCGUAAUCUUUUCUCUUCUGAGAAUGGGGCCCGUGGAUAUAAACAGUAUUUGGUGCUCAUUACCUCGGGAAAAUCAAAUGACAAUGUGAUCAAAGCGUCACGAGUUAUUAGAGACCAAGGUGUGACUGUACUUACUGUUGGGCUUGGCCAAGCUGACAAGGAUGAACUUUCCACCAUUACAACAACGCCUUAUAUCUAUUUAAGGGAACCCGUUCAGCAAAUAAUACAAGACAUCAAGACUGCUAUUGACUCUGUGGAGAUCCUCAAAGUUCCGAGUGAGUGUACAACAGCCAAAGUGGCAGACAUUGUGUUCAUUGUGGAUGGAUCUGGCAGCAUUGGGAAUGCAAACUUCCAACUAAUGCGGAACUUCCUUUCCGGCCUCCUCAAGGAGCUUGAAGUCAGCUUAAAGGCUGUGAGAGUGGGCCUAGUUAUGUACAGUGAUCAACCUCAGCCUGAGUUCUACUUGAACACUCAUGAAAGCAAAACUGAUGUCCUGCAGAGCAUAAAGCUGCUGCAAUACCAUGGAGGCAGCACAUACACAGGGGCUGCUCUGAAAUUGGCAAAGGACCAAAUGUUUACCAGGGACAAAGGCAGUCGGCGUGACACUGGCGUGCAACAGAUAGCUAUAAUAAUCACGGACGGCGAGUCUCAUGACAAUGUCAGUGCCCCAGCCCUGGAACUACGCCAUUCAGGAGUUAAUGUUUAUGCACUGGGAAUUAAAAAUGCCUCUGUGAAACAACUGGGACAGAUUGCCUCCCACCCAACUAGAAAUUAUGUGUUCACAAUUGAUGAUUUUGUGAAACUUAACUCCUUGGAGAAGAAUCUGACGAGAAGAAUUUGUCAUGAUAUCACAAAAAAAAAACCAGGGAAACCAAAGAAACAAGGAUGUGUCCAAACAGAGGAAGCAGAUUUCUAUUUUUUGAUUGACCACUCUUCCAGCAUUCACUAUAAUGAUUUUGACCGCAUGAAAAAGUUUGUUCAGGAAUUCAUAAAGAUGUUCCGUAUUGGACCAAACCAGGUACGUGUUGGCCUGGCAAAGUUCUCAACCAAGCCAAACUUGGAGUUCAACCUGGCCCAGUACACAGACACAAAGUCUUUGGAGAGUGCUGUGGCUGCUGUCCAGCAAACUGGCGGUGACACCUAUAUCGGAGAUGCUUUAAAUUUCAUGAGCCCACUCUUUGAGGACGCUAAACUGGCCCGUGGUGAUGAGGUGCCCAAGUACCUCAUCGUAGUAACAGAUGGGGAGUCACAUGACAAGGUUGUGGUGCCAGCAGAGCAGCUACGCCAACAGGGCAUCACCAUCUAUGCCGUCGGCAUAAAGGGUGCCGAUGAGAACGAGCUGUUGGACAUUUGUGGUGACCCUAAGAGGAAGUUCUAUGUUAGUAACUUUGAUGCCCUCAAACCAAUCAAAGACGAUAUUGUGACAGACAUAUGCUCUUCAGCAGCAUGCAAGGAGAUGCUGGCUGAUGUCAUAUUCCUGGUGGACAGCUCUGGGAGCAUAGACCGUGAAGACUUCCUCAAGAUGAAGGCGUUCAUGAACAAAACGAUUCAGCGCUCCGUUAUCGGACCAGACGCAGUGCGCCUGGGUGUGCUGCAGUUCAGCACCUACCAGAGGGAGGAGCUGGCUCUCAACAGCCUCCAAACCCACAAUGACCUCAUUCAGAAGGUGAACGCCAUGCAGCAACUGGGCGGGGGAACUCUGACUGGCCAAGCGCUCACCUUUACCUCCCAGUACUUUGACGCCUUAAAGGGUGGGCGUCCCAAUGUCCCAAAGAUCCUUAUUGUCAUAACAGAUGGUGAGGCUCAGGAUGCCGUUGCGUUGCCUGCGCGGAGUCUGAGGGACAAGAACGUUGUGAUCUACUCCAUUGGUGUGGGGGGCGCCAAUGUAACCCAACUGAAGGAGAUCAGUGGCAUCCCGGACAGGGUGUAUAUUGAGACGGACUUUGAUGCCCUCCAGUUUUUGGAGAAUGAGAUCUUGGUUAAGAUCUGUAACCCGGAAUCUAAUUGCGAACGAACAGCGGUGGCAGACAUGAUCUUCCUGGUUGAUGGCUCCAGCAGUAUUAAUCAGACCCAAUACAAGAGCAUGCAACGCUUCAUGACCUCACUUGUGAACACCACAGACGUUGGUGAGGACCAGGUCCGUUUUGGUGCCAUCGUCUACUCCGACAACCCGGAGUCUAAGUUCACACUGAAUGACUACAAAACAGCAAAGGAAGUCCGAAAAGCGAUAGAAAACCUUCCACAACCAGGCGGGAACACCUACACAGGUGCUGCCCUUCGCUAUGCACUGCAAUACUUUGGGCAACCACAUGGCGGCCGUCGUGACAAAGACGUAACCCAGAUCCUUUUCAUCAUCACUGAUGGAGCAGCCACAGACCCUGUUGUGUUGCCUGUGUGGUCUAAGGAGAUCCUGAAUUAUGGCAUCAGGAUAUAUGGCAUUGGAGUGGCAGGGGCCAAAGAGAGUGAGCUGCAGGUAAUGACAGGAGACAAAAGAAGGGUAUUUUAUGUGAACAACUUUGAUGCUUUGGAUUCCCUGCACAUGAACAUCUCCAACGAGCUUUGUGAAGACAUCAAACCAGCAUGUGAGAAAAAGGAGUUGGACCUGGUCAUGCUGGCAGACAGCUCUGGCACUAUCAGUGCCGAUGACUUCAGCCUCAUGAAGACGUUUAUGAAAAGCCUGGUGAGCAGCUUCCUCAUCAAACCUGAGUUUGUACAGGUAGCCUUGGCUCAGUUUAGCGCCUUCCCGGUAAAAGGGUUCCACCUCAAUGAGACUGCAAGCGAAGACGACGUACAAAAGAGAAUUGAUGCCAUUGAUCAAAUAGGACAAGGCUCAUAUAUUGGAAGGGCCCUUGAGUUCACUCGGAAGCGGUACUUCAAGGAAGAAAAUGGAAGUCGGAGAAAAAUGGGCAUCUCGCAGAACCUUGUUGUGAUCACCGAUGGCUCCUCACAGGACGACGUGGUAGAACAGGCUAAGUUGCUGAGAGCCAUGAACGUUGAUGUGUUUGUCAUUGGAGUGGGAAGAUUCCACCAGGACGAGCUGAUUCAGAUCGCUGGCCAAGAGAGCAGGGUCUUCAUUGUGCACGACUUUGGUGUCCUUGACCAGAUCAAGUCAAAAGUGGUGGAAAGUGUUUGUUUGCCAGCUGAUCAACCCACCGAAUGCAGUGUAGACAUUGGCAUCGGAUUUGAUAUUUCCAGCAGGACCGAAUUAUCACUAUUCAGUGGACAAGUGAAACUGAAGAAUUACCUGCUUGAGAUCAUUGAACGCAUCUCCUCUCUAGACAGCCUGUGUUGCUCACAGGGGUCAAGUGUCAAGACACACAUUGGCUUCCAUCUGGCCUCUAAAGAGGGCAACAUGCUGGAAGACUUUAAAUUUGAAAUAUUCAACAAAGAAGUGGUGACAAAGGUGCUGGCGUUAAAGACAAGCGAGGAUAUCACCUUCAAUGCGGAGCUGCUGAUGUCGUUUCAACAAAAGUUCAGUCGUUCAACUGCUAGUGUUAAGGUGCUGAUCAUCUUCACUGAUGGGAUUGAUGAUUCGAUUGAGAAGCUUCAGCUGCAGUCUGAAAAUCUGAGAAACAGUGGCGUGCACGCACUUCUGACGGUGGCUUUGGAGGGUGCCAAAAAUGUCCAUGAGCUUCAGAUGGUUGAGUUUGGGCGAGGUUUUGGCUACAAGGAUCCUCUGGCCAUCGGGAUGCAAAAUGUGGACGGCGCCAUACUAAAACAAAUAGAUACAGCGACAGAGAGGGUGUGCUGUGGUGUGAUGUGUAAGUGCACUGGCCAAGAUGGAUUUCGAGGAACACGAGGACCACCAGGACCAAAGGGCCCACCAGGGUCAAAGGGCCAUGCAGGAUACCCCGGAGAAGAGGGCGGUCCUGGAGAGAGGGGACCUCCAGGCCCAAAUGGAACUCAAGGAGUGCAGGGGUGCCCGGGCAGAAGAGGCCUGAAGGGAGGAAGAGGCUACAGAGGUGAUACAGGAGAUGAUGGAGAACAUGGGCUAGAUGGAGUUCAUGGUGAACAGGGUACUACUGGAGUGGCUGGUGCUUCUGGAGAGAGAGGAGAGGCUGGCAACCAUGGUCACAGAGGCAUCAGAGGGGAUCCUGGCAUAAAGGGACAGAAUGGUCUAAGAGGAGAUCCUGGAGAACCUGGGACAGACAACACAAUCGCAGGCCAAAAGGGAGAAAAUGGUAACAGAGGAAUGCAGGGAGAAGCAGGAGCAGAUGGUCAGGCUGGAAGACCAGGAGAUGCUGGAAACCUGGGCCCUCAAGGGAGACGAGGUUCCCCUGGCGACAAGGCAUCGAGGGGAGAUCCAGGAGAUAUUGGGAUUCAGGGCAGCCCUGGGCCAUCAGGAUCCCAGGGAAACAGAGGACCCAUAGGUCAAAAAGGACCAGGUGGCAGUUCUGGUUUACCUGGACCUCAGGGCCCACCAGGAACUACAGGUCCCAAAGGAUCCAGAGGAGGUCUAGGACAGAGGGGACAGAAGGGUCAACAAGGAGACUCUGGAGUUAAAGGAGCCAUUGGAUCAGUGGGCCCUAGGGGACCCCCGGGACUGGAUGGUAGAGAUGGCUAUGGACCUCCUGGACCCAACGGACUGAAGGGAGAAUCAGGUUUUCCAGGUUAUCCAGGGCUACAAGGGGAGGAUGGUAUAAAAGGGCAAGGUGGAGGUCCUGGUACCAAAGGAAAUCGGGGACGAGGGGGCAAUGCUGGCAACAGUGGUCCCCAAGGUGACUCCGGAACUGCAGGACUAACUGGGCACAGGGGCCCCAGAGGAACACCAGGACCCAGAGAGAUGACUGACUGCGAACUAGUCAACUUUGUGCGGGACAACUGUGCUUGCUCUUCGGGUCUGAUAGAGUGCCCAGCCUACCCCACUGAGCUGGUAAUAGCCCUCGACAUGUCCGAGGACGUGACCGCUGAGGUGUUUGAAAGGAUGCGUGCCACUGUCCAUCAUUUACUGGAGGACAUCUCCAUUGCUGAGAGCAACUGCCCCAGGGGCGCGCGGGUGGCAGUUGUCUCCUUCAGCUCCAGUGUCAAGUACCUGAUUCGGUUCUCAGACUACCAACGUAAGAAGCAUCUCCUCACCGAGGUGAACAACAUUGCCCUCGAACGCACGUCCAGCCGCCGCAACAUUGGGGCGGCCAUGCGCUUCGUGGCCAGACAUGUCUUUAAACGCACAAGAAAGGGCCUGCUGAUGCGGAAGGUGGCAGUCUUCAUCACCAACGGGGCCUCUCAGGAUGUCGACGCAAUUAACACCGCUGUCCUGGAGAUUAAAGCCCACGACAUUCACCCUGCUGUCAUCUCCUUCAAGAAUGUCCCUAAUGUCUUAAAGGCUUUAGAGGCUGAUGAAACCCACAGCUUUGUAGUGAAACUGGUGGAGAGUGAUCAAGAACUGAAACCGCAGUUGAGUCAGGUGCAAAAAUGUAUAAUAUGCUAUGAUCCUUGUAAAAAAGAAUCCAGCUGUUCCAAUGUGAACAAAGCUCCAGCUCCUAUCCAAGACGACCUGGAUCUGGCUGUGUUGGUGGACGGGUCACGCAAUGUACGAGCAGACCAGUAUGAGGGCAUGAAGGAGCUGCUGGGUUCAGUGAUAGAGCAGAUAGCUGUGAGCAGUCAGCCAUCCAGGUCUGAUAAGCAGGCCAGGGUUGCCCUGUAUCAGCAGGUCCCCAGCUCAUAUGCACCCACGGCAGGACAGGUUCCUGUCCAACAGGAGUUUGACUUCAUGAGGUAUAAGGACAGCGGUUUAAUGAAAAACCACAUUUUCCAGAGUAUGCAGCAGCUUGGUGGGUCCUCUGGGUUGGGAUAUGCCCUGGAGUGGGUCAUCACAAGAAGCCUCCUGACAGCCACAAAGUCACGGAAGAACAAAAUGGUGCUGGCCAUUGUUGGUGGGGAAACGAGCUACUGGGAUAGAGCCCAGCUUGAUUUUGCUGCCAAAUUAGCAAGAUGUCAGGGUGUGGUGUUGUUCACUCUGACUGUUGGGGACAGCUUCAACAGCACUCAAGUGGAGGAACUUGCCAGCCUACCCUUGGAUCAACAUGUGGUCCACCUGGGAGAAGUGAAACGAGGAGAGCAGGAGUACGCCAAGCGCUUCUUGCGAGCCUUCCUGAGCUUCCUUAAGAGGGGAGUGAACACGUACCCUUCCCCAACCAUGAAGCGGAUGUGUCGGGAUUUCCAGGGACAAAUAGAUCAAGGGCAAGGCAGUGCUCUUGAAGCUGCAGAACGCCCUCUUGAAAGUGUCCCUUGGCCAACUUCCAACUCCAACAUGCCAGUUGUGGAGGAAUCCACGGAGGAGGAAGCGGAAAGAGAGGAGCCUACUGACCUGACCGGCCUCGAUCAGACAGGGAACACCCAAACAGGAGAUGGAGCUCAGCAGAGCAUAGGCCGCGGAGACAACGAUGGUACCCUUUCUGCUCACCGCUCUCAGCCUCAUUUCCUCACAUAAACUAUCCAUAUGACA